AUGCCGGCCUCUUCGUUCUCGAAGAUCGCCAUCCAGCUCUCGCGCUUUGCCAACUUCCAGGCAGCGCAUCAAGGAGCCAAUGCCUUUCGUGGUUCCGCAGCUGGAUCAGCCAGCAACGGUGCCAGCUCGGGAGCAGCAGCUUCUUUGAGUAGCGCUGGUGCUGGGCCCGGCUCGGGCGCGGGUGGAGCCAAGUUCUCAGCAGGACGUGGUGCGUACCAGUCUUAUACCAAUACCGGAGGAAGAGCAGUCGUUCAGGCCGGCUCUUCUUCAACAAAUGAUGGCUCCAAUCCACUCGAGGACGAGGACGAGCACAUCGCUCAGGCUCGCGGCCUGCGUCUCGCUCCUCGACGCCGUCAUUCGAGCAAUCUCACCGCGAGACCGCUCGUCAACCGCGAUUCGUUCAGCAACCACGCCCUCCGCUUCAAGUCGGCCUUCGCCGCCAAUGAGCAGCCGCAGCAGGCCUCGCCCGCAGCCAUCACUGCAACGACUACUGCCCCUCCUGCAGAGCUUUAUCAAGACCUCAUCGAUGCCAAAAAGAGGCGAGACCGCGUAGCCGUCUCAACCCUCGUAGCGGCCUACCGUCAGCUACCAGCCUCGCAGCAGACGACCGCAGGCUUCAAUGCCGCGCUCCAGGCCCAGGAGGAGGUCCGUCAGCCAGGCGAGUCUUUGCGGGAGAUGCGCGAGACCCACCAGGACAUGCUUGAGGCCGGCUGUCUGCCCAACAGUAGCACGUCCGCCGUCCUGGUCAAGGCUCUCUGCGCCCGUGACCAGGAGAAGCAGGCCGAUACCCAGGUGCCCGAUGUGGCUGCUGAGGAGCAGGCGUCUAGCGAGGCAUGGCGCGUCUUGACUACGUCGCCCAGCGGUCUUCAGGACAUCGCGGCCUACAAUGCUCUUCUUGCCCGCUGCGCUGCAAAGGGCGACGUGGAGCGAGCACAGGCCGUCUACGCCAUGGUUCAGGCUGCUGGCGAGAAGGCUUGCCCCAAUGCGGCAACUUACACGGCCAUGAUCGAGUGCUACGCCGCUGCGGCAGACAUCGACUCGACUGCAGCCAUAGCCUCACUCAAGGACAUCCUCGUCGCCGCCAUCGUCUCAAUGCGCUCACCAAAGUGGAUCAACGCCAACGACGAGCAAGUCUUCUCUGCCUACAUUCGCGCCACCAUCUUCCUCGACGCACCGGAGGAGGCCAUCGCUCUGUUUGAGAGGCUAGUCGUCAACGAUAACGACCUGCCCAGCCCUUCGGUUUCUACCACGGAGACACUCGUUACUGCAUUCGCCCAAUCUGGUGAUAUCGAGACUGCCAGCGCCUGGAUCGAAAAGCUGGAGGCAAUUGAGGGACUCAUCGCUCUGCCCGACUUUUCUCAGCUCAAGGCUACUCUGCGGGAGUCGACUUCUCCAUCAGCGGUAGAGCAGCCCUCGCCUGUACUCUCCUCCGAUGAUGCCGCCUCUGCUACGAUGUCUACUGCUCCCACUUCUCUUGGCGAAAGCGGCAUUGAGCUUAGUCUCGGCUCAUCGGACCAGGUCCCGUCCCCCGUUGCACAGUCCGCCAUCAACCUCGACCUUGGUGAACGUCUCAAGUUCCUGCUUCGCGUCAAGCGCGGUAGUCAGCAGCAGCAGCCCAACAUCGACGCCGCCUACCGCCUCCUCCGUACCGAGCUUGACUGUAACGGCACGUACGCCCCACCGGAUGCAAUCGCCCAGCUACUCAACCUCUUUGGCCGCGCCGGCAAGCUGCAACGCGUCUAUGAGCUGCGUGAUAUGGCUCACGCCGCCAUCGCGUCGGCCUCCACGCUCGACGCUGAAUGGCAACGCGCUGCUUGGAUAGAGGUUGAGGACAAUGUCAUCUCGGCCCUCGCUCACGGCGGUGACGUUGAGUCGGCGCACAACGUCCGUCAUGCUCUCCUGUCAACCGGUGCAUCUCCUAGUGCCAACGCUUACGCAGCGCUCAUCUCCUCCAUCCGCGACUCGACGGACGAGGCACUGCUUGCCGAGCAACUCUGGGACGAAUCGCAGCGUUUGGGUGUGCAGCCCAACAUCUACCUGGUCAACACUGUCAUCUCGCGUCUCGGCCGUGCUCGUCGCGCCGACCGCGCUCUGCAGCUCUACCAACGUCUCCCUUCCCUUGGCCUCAAGCCCACUUCAAUCACCUACGGCGCCUCGCUCAACUGCGCGGUCCGCGUCGGUGACAUUGGGACAGCCGAGCAAAUCUUCGAGGCCAUGGAGUCGGAUCCGGCUUUUGUGGCUCGCCCGCCUGGUUACAACUCGAUGAUUCAGUUCUUCACGUAUACGAGGCCCGACAGGGAGAAGGCGUUGUAUUACUGGGGAAAGAUGCAGGAGAGGGGAGUCAAGCCGAGCAGUCACACUUACAAGCUCCUGCUCGAUGUUCACGGAGCCAUAGAACCCCGCGACGUCGCAGGGAUGAACGCCAUCUUCCUCCGUCUGCUGCGCGACCACACUCCCGGCGUCUCCGUCUCCGGUCCUCAUUGGUCAGCGCUCAUCUCUUGCCACUCGGCCAAUCUCGAGCGAUGCAGAGACAUCUUCCGGUCGAUCCCUCUCAAGACUGGCGCUCGCCCCGACGCCGUUGCGUACGAGGCGCUGCUGGCCGUGUAUGCUCAGCACGGGCGAGCGGACCUGAUCGACGGGCUCUUGGGCGAGAUGAUGCGUUUGGGCGUGGACAGGACGGCGUACAUCGCUAAUCACGCGAUCGAGGGAUAUGUGAGCGCUGAUGUGCAAGGAACGGGAGAGGGACUGGUCAAGGCCAGAGCCAUCUUCCUUGCUAUGGCUCAGCCUCCUGCCGGAGUUGCUUCGCACGGCAACCACCCGCUACCCCGUCACCAGCAUCAGCAGCAUCAGCAACACCCUGCCUCCCGUGGCGCACCCCUGGCUCAGCAGUCGGCGACAAUGCCCAUCGAGCAGGUCCUGGCCGCUACAAUGGGCAGCAGCGGUAGCGCCAACAGCAACAGCGAUCUCAGCAACAAUGGCAGCGCUAGCAGCGACGUUCCCGGGCCGGCGUCACUGGAUGACACCCUUCACCUCGUAUCGCGCGCCUUCGCCGGCGUAUGCCCGGAGCCGUCCACUUACGAGCGCAUCAUUGCGCUUGAGGUUGCGGCGGGCUGCAUGUACAACGCUGAGCAGGUGGUCGCUAGGAUGGAGGAGAGGGCUUUCCCUCCUGCACUUGUGUUGAGGGCGAGGGCGCUGCUCAGGUAG